AUGAUGAGAGAUGGUGAACAAAUUAAUAUAGUUGAUACUAUUGGCUGGCUGUCCUGGCAGACUGUCCAGAAGUUGGAAAAGUUGCAGAAGACUGGAGUAUAUUCAAAGGAAUUUGUAGCUAUUCUCAUUCAUCCUAACUAUGAAAAGAACUGCAUGGAGGGAGGGGAACUCUUCACUCGAAUCCAGGAGCGAGGAGACCAAGCUUUCACAGAAAAAGAAGCCUCCGAAAUAAUGAGAGACAUUGGAACAGCUAUCCAACAUCUUCAUGGAAUGAACAUAGCUCAUAGAGAUGUCAAGCCAGAAAACCUUCUUUAUACAUCCAAAGAGAAAGAAUCAGUGCUUAAGCUCACAGAUUUUGGGUUUGCUAAAGAGACAACCAUACAGAACGCACUGCAGACUCCUUGUUACACUCCUUACUAUGUAGCCCCAGAAGUACUUGGUCCAGAGAAAUAUGACAAAUCCUGUGAUAUGUGGUCUCUUGGUGUCAUCAUGUAUAUUCUUUUGUGUGGGUUCCCUCCAUUCUAUUCCAAUACUGGCCAAGCCAUUUCCCCAGGAAUGAAAAGAAGAAUUCGGAUGGGGCAGUAUGGAUUUCCAAAUCCUGAAUGGGCAGAGGUAUCUGACGAAGCCAAGCAGCUAAUUCGUUUAUUGCUGAAAACUGACCCAACAGAGAGAAUGACCAUUUCUCAAUUUAUGAAUCAUCCCUGGAUUAAUGAGGAAAUGACUAGCGCUUUGGCAACCAUGAGAGUAGACUAUGAUCAGGUAAAAAUUAAAGAUUUGAAAAUAUCCAACAAUCGACUCCUCAACAAACGGCGUAAGAAACAAAAACAAGGAGGCAGCUCAACUGCAUCAGCUGGCUGCAACAACCAAUAAAGAUGAGAGAAAUAAAAUGAAAUUAUGAA